AGACCGAAUCUAGUACAGCACCCUGCCUUUCUGCCUGCCACUGGAUCUAUCACAGCCUGCAUGGCACUUUGAUUCAACUGUGUAGGAAACAAACCGGUCGGAUGAAUUUGGACAGGAUACCCGAAGCCGUGAGACCCCCGCCUGCACGCGACAUGGCCUCCACCUUUCACCUGCCGAGAUCGUCAGACAACGCUCGAGAGCCCGUAGAGAAUUCGAGCAGCGAGUCGUCAGACACUGAGAUCGCAGAAAAAGAUAGGAGCGCAGAACACAGAAGUGACGACGGGAAUGUGGAGGAGCCCAACAAGAAGAAGAAGCAGCGGAGACAGAGGACACACUUCACCAGCCAGCAGCUUCAAGAGCUGGAGUCCACGUUCCAGAGGAACCGUUACCCCGACAUGAGUACGCGGGAGGAGAUCGCGGUCUGGACCAACCUCACCGAGGCCAGGGUUCGGGUCUGGUUUAAGAACCGCCGAGCGAAGUGGAGGAAGAGGGAACGCAACCAACAGAUGGACUUGUGUAAAAACAGCUACCUUCCGCAGUUCAGCGGGCUCAUGCAGCCCUACGAAGACAUGUACCCAACCUACACCUACAACAACUGGGCAAACAAGGGCCUGACACCGGCUCCUCUGUCCACGAAAAACUUCACUUUCUUCAACUCCAUGAGCCCGCUGUCCUCCCAGUCCAUGUUCUCAGCCCCCAGCUCAAUCACCUCCAUGGCUAUGCCGUCCGGCAUGGGCCACAGCGCAGUGCCGGGCAUGCCGACCUCUAAUCUGAAUAACAAUAUCAACUCUGCAAUGUCUUCGUCCGCCUGCCACUAUGCGCCGCCGGGUUCACCAUACAGCGUGUACAGAGACACGUGUAACUCCAGUCUGGCCAGCCUGAGACUGAAAUCGAAACAACACCCCUCUUUCGGAUACAGCGGACUGCAGAGCCCCGGCGCCAGUCUCAAUGCAUGCCAGUAUAACAGCUGACGGACUGGCUGCGAUGGUUGCUGGCGUUUGGCAAAUAUAUGGACCAGGUCAUCGCGCAAAAGACAACUAAACUGGAAAACUGCAUUAGUUGCAACGUUUUUUUUUAUUUUUUAAAAUGGAUUACGCGGGUUGUACGUGUUUACCUAUAAACUUGCACCGCAGUUUUUUAAAUGUCCUUUUUUUUUCUUUUUUUUUUUUUUUUUUUUUUGGACUAGUGGUGGAAGACUUUAUAAAUGUAAAAAUAAUAAUAAAAAAUAAAUUGUAAAAUUAUACUAGGACCAGAAAAAGCAGAUCUAAGCCCCCGAUACGUUUCGUGUGUGUGUUUGUUUGUGUGUGUUUAUGGUGUUUAUGAUAAAAGUUGAGGACUAUUCAGUGAGUUUGAUGUUGGUUUGGGGGAAAUUACAAGACACGUGCGAUAUUAAAGAAGAAAUGGGUGUUUUAUUGUUGGUAAAAAAAAAGUACGAGCUAUGAUUUCUAGAUACACUUAUGCUGUUACCUUUAGUUACUGUGUUUUGGUAAUAUUAGAAAGUGCUGGAAAUGCAUGAUACUGUGUUUAACAGAUAAAAGAAAAACAGAAGGCUUAAAUUGUAUACUUUUUGUCUAGCAUAUUGGUUUCCAAAGAAAAGGUAACUAGAAAGAGCCUGUGUUAUUUGAGUGAGCAGGUGUUCACAAUAUUUGAACUGAUCCCUGCGAGUGCACUUUGUACGCAGGAGCUGCAGAGGGAGGUGAAUUUAAUGGUUUUCUUCAGGAGCUGCAGAGGGAGGUGAAUGUAAUGGUUAUUUGUCAUUGUGCACACUUACCAUUCGAAUAAAUACUCACAGCCCGCUAUAAUGUUCGUUAAUCUCUCUUCAAUAUGUAUGCAAUCUUGUAAUACAGGCUACAGGGAAAGACAAUGGGGGUGUCAUUUGUAUUUACAUUAUAUCUCCUUCCCGUUUACAAAUACAGGUUUUUUUUAUUUUAUUUUACCAGGAACACAAUAAAUACAUCUGUAGGCUUUAGCUUGUUCCGGGCAUGCAGCCCUAUUGGCGCUAUUUGCCCUAUACUCUAGGCUGGCUAAUACUGAACCACGUGCAAGCUCCGAAUCAACACAAGAAGAAAGCAGAGACAAUUAAACUGCAGUCUACAAGCUGUAUGGGGUCUACUCAAACAUCACCUAUCACUGUUCAAAUAAACCUGCAACAUCAUUUUCAGUUGCUCUUCCCCUUCUAAUAAACGACUUAUUUUUUCUGCGGGGACGUUACAAAAAAGGAGGAUUCCGACCAUACCCGCCUUAGCCAGAAAGUGGAUUUUUUGUUUUGUUUUAAAUACAGAGAUUGGGUUUCAGUUGGCUAGGACUAAGAAACGGGUUUUAGAGGCCAUUGAAAGACAACAAACCGCGGAGUCCGCGUUUGUCAG